AUGGAGCCGAAGAUGUUAGCAAACCCGUCGAUGGACUUCACCAAUCUUCUGGAGGGAGAUCUGAAGGAAGAGGUUAUGAAGGAGCUGAAGAAGGAUCCAGAGGCACAGACUGCCAACUCGCCAGAGUCCAAGUUGAGCCGAAUCUCCACAGAGGCGUCGGUGGGCGAAGUCACCAAAUCCGUGAACAGCUUUCAGUACGAGGCCCAAAACUUGGACGUGCCCGUGGUCGUCGUCACCUCGGAGAUCCACCCGUGGUCCAAAAGCGGCGGCUUAGCCAUCGUUGCAGCGCAGUAUGCAUACAACUUUGCCAUCCGCGGUCACCGCACCAUGGCGAUCGCUCCGAUGUACGACAACUAUGACGGGGCCUUCUAUCAGUGCACCAAAUCCUUUGAGCUCUUCGGUGGCCUUCAUGAGGUGCACCGAAUUCGCAUCGCCGCGAUGAAAAUCGCGCGAAGCGCGAACUACCGCGGAGAUGGGGGCGAGUACUCUGACAACCUGUUUAGGUUUGCACUCUUCUCAUUGGCUGCUUUGGAGGUGCCAGUGGCCAUCGAACUGGGUGGAGCACCCUGCUACGGUGGACGAGUGAUGUUUAUAGCAAAUGAUUGGCAAACAGGACUGCUGCCAGUCUACAUGGUGCAUAGGCAUCGUGCCUUCGGGAACUACAACCAUGCACGCUGCAUGUAUGUGAUCCACAAUUUGGGCUACCAGGGAUGCUACCCUUUGCGAUUAGGUUUGCCUGGCACCUUGCAAUAUGACAAUUUUGCGCAGCUUGGCCUUCCUUUUGCCGCCUUGGGAGACUUGCUCUACCAAUAUCCUUUGCAUGAAAGAACCUUUGAAGGAGAGACCCUGAAUCUCACCAAGGGAGCGAUCCAGUGCUGUGACCGCAUCGUUACAGUGUCCCCAACAUAUGCAGAUGAGAUCCGAACGCUUGAGGGUGGCUUUCGUUUGCAUGAUUUUGUUGCAACCAAGAGCUACUUCUUGGUGGGAAUUCUCAACGGCAUUGAUGCGAGCUGGGCGCCCGAAAAGGACAAAACCAUUGCCGAGACAUUCUCUGCCGAAGACUUGUCCGGCAAGAGGCUUUGCAAACGGCAUUUGCAGCGGAAGUUGGGCUUGAAAGAAGACGACGACGCUUGCAUUUUGAGCUUCGUGGGGCGGCUGACCUCACAGAAAGGCAUUGACCUGAUUGGCUCCUGCGUUCAUUGGAUUAUGGAGGUCCAAUUGGUGAUGAUGGGCAAUGGCGAGGAAGACUUCGGCGAAGGGCUUACAGCCGACGAGGGCCCAAACGUCACCGCAAAACUCGCAGAACCCAACGAGCACAGAGAUUGCAACCACACUCCGUCACUCCGCACUGAAAGGAAGGAAUGCGCAUCCGUGUGCUGCGCCGCGCCAGAAGCAUUGGCGAUAGGUCAUAUGCUUCGUUGGGCUGAAACCACUUGGAAGGUUGGUACACAGAACCUGACACUUCCACAGGACUUCAGUUGGUCUCGAGCCAUUGACGACUAUGAGCGGCACUUCGAUUGGACCAUCGCGGUACGCCAUGCUGUGCUGUGUGGAACAGUCUAUAGUUCUGCUUCUUUUGCCUUGGAUGAUGAAUUUUUCUAUUUCUUCUAUAUUGCAUCUCCGUUUGCAGCUAGUCGCAGCAAGUCCUGUUUGCAGCAAGUCUUGAUGGUUUUGCAUCUCCAUUUGCAGCAAGUCCCGCGAGGAUCCACCGUUUUGGGGAAGGCCUUGAGCGUCGUCUUCUCUCCCUCCGCGUCGCAUCGCGUUGCGUUCGACCGGCGUCGUCAGACGCAGAGUCGUGACGAUGCGCCGCACGGCUGGCCGACGUGA